AUCUAUUUUAAAACGCAGAUAUCACCAGGUGAAUGAUGCACAGAUUUACAUUCACGGUAUUCCCGGGGAUAUAAACUGCUUUAUUCACUUAAUCGCACACACCAAUGACUUGACGGAAUGGGUGGAUGCCACAGCAGAAGCAGAGCCAACUCAGCGGUUACUGCACCGCAAAAUUUUCAAUCUAUCAAGGUAUGCGACGAAUCUCUAGAAGAAGCGAUUCUUGAGAUCCCGGAGAUCAAUUAUGGCUCAUUUCAACGGGUGGCACUGGAGUGGGACCUACUCGGAGAACUUAUACCAUACAACCCAGACGGCGCCGAUGUGGACUUAUCUGAAUCGAAUCCAGAUCGUGCAUCCGAGUUCAACUCUCUGCGUAGGAAGUUAACCAACACUAAGCAACGUGAAUAUUUUACUAAUCCAAAUGAUGGAAGUGCCGAUAGAAGCGUUCAGAGGCAACGAACCGGUGGUUCAAUACAAGGAGACCAGUCUAUGGACAGCUUCAGACGUGCCAUUAACAUGUGGACCAAUUUUAAAGUAAGCUCCAAAGCCCAUAAGAAUCUACAUGGCCAAACUGAUGCGUUCUGCUACUUUGACAGUACACAUGUUCCGCUGCCGCAGGAACUUUUCGCUAGUGAUGGAUCGAAUUCCAUAGACGACGAAGGCAUAGCAGAUCAGUUAAUUUCAGGACGAAGCUCACAGAUAGCUGCAGGUAGCUCAAUCUUAGAUAGAAGUGCCAACGCUUCGAUAACAUCACAAAAUAGCGUCCUACAAACGAAAACGGCAUCAAUUGUAUCAGGUAAUCUAUCCAUAGACGCAGUGGAGCGCCGACCUACGAGUGAAACAGAUCGCAAAGAAUCGCUAGAACCAGAUGUACCUUUCACUGACCCCCAAGGACCAAUGGACUUGCUUAACUAUGAAUUGGUUUUGCAGCCAUAUUAUGAUAAAGAAAAUGGAAGGCAUUCAUACAAGUGUAUAUACAGGCCUAGACGUGAAGUCUCACCACGAGACAAAGGCCACAAUGUGGAAGAUGGCGUAGUACAACUAGUAGGGGAGCUGUUAGAUCCCUUCCAGUCACAUUCCAACAACCAAAGAAGAUCACAACUGCUAGAACUGCUGAAGGGAAUGCAAUCGCCGACUGGCCAUGAUAUAGAUAUACAAGACACUGCAAACAACGAUAUGGAUGAAUACCCAAUACGACCUGUGAGAAGACAGACAAAGAACGUAGUGCGUAGAACAAUGGAUCUACGUAGCCUAUCGACAUUUAGCCACGCACCAUGCGAAAUAAAUGAAGACGAUAUUUGCAUACCACCAGAGUGCCUGGAACAAUUGGAAGAACUGGACAAUGGAGUAUGCUGUAGAAUUAGACACAAUACCCCUAACUCCAUGCAAGUGGCGUCUUUGGAACGCAGGCGGGCAAGAAAAGGCAGAUUUGGAGAUAUGUCGGACAUACCCUUGCUACUAUGAUCUGCGACGCAACUUUUUGUCUUACCCGC